AUGCUAAAUAUCUACUUUAUUUUUCCAUUACAGGAUAUUUGUGAAGAUAUAUCUGAUCACGUUGAACAAAUCCACGCUCUACUAGAGACUGAGUUUUCCUUGAAGCUUCUGUCUUACUCUGUCAAUGUGAUAGUUGAUAUCCAUACAGUACAACUGCUCUGGCACCAGCUACGUGUUUCUGUUCUGGUUCUGAGGGAGCGUAUUCUCCAGGGACUACAAGACGCCAAUGGAAACUACACUAGGCAGACUGAUAUUCUGCAAGCGUUUUCUGAAGAGACUAAGGAGGACCGUCUUGACUCUUUAACUGAAGUUGAUGAUUCUGGACAGUUAACCAUCAAAUGUUCUCAAAAUUACUUGUCACUGGAUUGUGGCAUUACUGCGUUUGAACUAUCUGACUACAGUCCUAGUGAGGAUUUGCUUGGUGCUCUGGAUGAUAUGACCUCCAGCCAAGGGAAAACAAAAGCAUUUGAAUCCUGGAACUACAGUGAGAUGGAUAAGGACUUUCCAGGACUUAUCAAAAGUGUGGGCUUACUUGCAGUAGCAACUGAUUCCAUUGCUUCUCAGUGUAAUGAAGCAUUAAAUGAGAAAGAAACCCAUGUACCUCUUUCAGCAGAAGAUGGAGAAGACAGCAAAGACAGGAAAGGACCACACGAGCUCUCACUAGUAUCUCCUUCUGCAGACUCCUCUCUUUCUAAAGGACGUUGCUCUGAAGAUGGUGGUGUACCUACUGAAGGCAAACCAGCUCCCACUUUAAAGAAACCAGAAUGCAAUCUUCCACAGCACACUGGUGAAAAAAUGAAACACUCUCACUGUGAAAACUCAACUCCUAAGAGGUCCAUAAGAGACUGUUUUAAUUAUAAUGAAGACUCCCCUACGCAGCCUACAUUGCCAAAAAGAGGUCUGUUUCUGAAAGAUGAUGUGUUUAAAGAUUAUAUAGAAGCCAACGAUUUUAAAAGGCAAAUCUCUCAGAUAGUUAAAAAUGAAAUGAGUAGAAGUACACCUUCACUCUUAGAUCCACCAGACAGGUCCAAGCUUUGCCUAGCUUUACAGUCACCGUACUGUAACAGUCCAUCUGCAGUUAGUCAGUCAUAUGAUUGCUUAAAUACAAUAGGUGAUAGAAAUUUUGACCACACAAUAAGUAAUCACUUUAAGAACAGUUCCAUAAGUCUAGGGAAGUCUACUUUUUACACCUGUAAAGAAAAAUCAAAGCACAAGAAGUCUCAUGACGCUCCAGAGAAAGCGAAAGCUGGCAGAACACCCGGAGGUAUGUGUAAAACGGCUCCACCAAUACAAGUCAAAAAAAGAGGAUGUUCUCUACAGAAUGGAAUUACUUCUCAUAACUCUCAGUCUCUGGAGGAAACAGAAACAGAUUCUUCAGAUUCUUGCAACCAGAGAGACCCAAAUGGGCAAUCACAAGGUAAAACUGAGCCAUUUAGUUCACCAACACGUAGCCAAAAAAGUGCUUCCUCAGCUGAUUCUGAGCUUACCAACUCAUCACCUCUUCUACUGAGAAAAAAGAACAAUAAAAGCUUCUCCUCAACACCAAGCUAUACUCAAAAAAACAGUAAAGAUGGUGACAUCUGGUAUGGUUCUGAUGAAUAUUUAGCACUUCCUUCACAUCUCAAACAGACUGAAGUAUUAGCUUUAAAACUAGAAAAUCUGACGAAGUUGCUGCCCCAAAAGCCCAGAAGAGAAACCAUUCAAAACAUUGAUGACUGGGAGCUGUCAGAAAUGAAUUCAGAUUCAGAAAUGUAUCCAACGUACCAGACAAAAAAGCACAAAAAAACAGGUAGGAUUUCACCAAGCUCUUCAAGUGAUAUAGUAUCCUCCUUGGGUGACAGUAUUGAAUCUGGGCCUCUCAGUGAUAUUCUCUCUGAUGAAGAACUUUGUAUGCCUGUAUCUUGUCUUAAAAAAUACAUCGAAGAAAAGUCAGAAAGGACUGCUGUCACUCAGCCCACUGAGAAUGAGACUUCUGCCUCAAAUAAAUCAGCUUUAAUUCACCAACUGAUGCAAGAUAUACAACAUCAAGAGAAUUAUGAAACCAUAUGGGAAAAAAUUGAG